AUGGCCUACCAAGGUGGCCAUCCUCACUCACCAACCUCAAAUUAUGGUGCUGAUGAGGCUCAUCGAAUGAACGAGCUGGGACAUACCAACCAAUACGGUGAAGACGAUGCCUCUCGAAGCUUGUUGAACCAAGGUCCCUUCAACGGUCCUUUUGAAGACCCUCUCCACAGCCGUUCUGCAUCUCCAAUGCGCCCUGUUUCCAGAUACAGUUUGACCGAGUCCUAUGCUACCGAGUCAGCAGCUCCUCCUUACCAUGAUGCUGGCGCCGAAAACCCUGCUGCGGCUUUUGGCGUCCCUGGCCGUGUAGCUUCCCCAUAUGCACGCAGUGAGACUUCUUCAACUGAGGCCUGGCGUCAGAGACAAGCUCCUGGCGGUGCUGGCACUGGUCUGCGCCGAUAUGCUACCAGGAAGGUCAAGCUUGUACAGGGUUCCGUCCUGAGUGUCGACUACCCUGUUCCUAGUGCUAUUCAGAAUGCCGUUCAGGCCAAGUAUCGAAAUGAUCUCGAGGGUGGCAGCGAAGAGUUCACUCACAUGCGAUACACUGCCGCUACUUGUGAUCCUAAUGAAUUCACCCUCCACAACGGUUACAACUUGCGACCGGCGAUGUAUAACCGUCAUACCGAACUGUUGAUCGCCAUCACAUACUACAACGAAGACAAGCAAUUGACUUCUCGAACCCUGCACGGUGUCAUGCAAAACAUUCGCGACAUUGUCAACUUGAAGAAAUCUGAGUUCUGGAACAAGGGUGGUCCCGCUUGGCAGAAGAUUGUCGUUUGUCUAGUGUUUGACGGUAUCGAUCCUUGUGACAAGGACACACUUGAUGUUCUCGCUACCGUUGGUAUCUACCAGGAUGGUGUCAUGAAACGUGACGUCGACGGAAAGGAAACCGUAGCUCACAUUUUCGAAUAUACUACCCAGCUUUCUGUCACACCCAGCCAACAGCUCAUUCGUCCCACGGACGACGGUCCCAGCACUUUGCCUCCUGUGCAGAUGAUUUUCUGCUUGAAGCAGAAGAACAGCAAGAAAAUCAAUUCUCACCGUUGGCUUUUUAAUGCGUUUGGACGUAUUUUGAACCCUGAAAUUUGCGUAUUGCUCGAUGCCGGUACCAAACCCGGCCACAAGUCUAUUCUCGCCUUGUGGGAAGCAUUCUACAACGACAAAGAUCUCGGUGGUGCCUGUGGUGAAAUUCACGCCAUGUUGGGUAAAGGUUGGAAGAAUUUGGUUAACCCUCUAGUCGCAGCCCAGAACUUCGAGUACAAGAUUUCAAACAUUCUCGACAAGCCCUUGGAAUCCUCCUUCGGAUACGUCAGUGUGUUGCCCGGUGCUUUCUCAGCUUACCGAUUCCGUGCUAUCAUGGGCCGACCUCUUGAACAGUACUUCCACGGUGACCAUACCCUUUCUAAACAAUUGGGUAAGAAGGGUAUUGAGGGCAUGAACAUUUUCAAGAAGAACAUGUUCUUGGCUGAGGAUCGUAUCUUGUGCUUCGAACUGGUGGCCAAGGCCGGCUCCAAAUGGCACUUGUCAUAUGUCAAGGCUUCCAAGGCCGAAACUGAUGUGCCUGAAGGUGCUGCUGAGUUUAUUUCUCAGCGUCGUCGUUGGUUGAACGGUUCUUUCGCUGCCGGUAUUUACAGUCUUAUGCACUUCAGCCGUAUCUACAAGAGCGGUCACAACAUCCUUCGUAUGCUUGUUCUUCACUUUCAAAUGCUUUACAAUACUUUCAACACUAUUUUGACAUGGUUUGCUCUUGCGUCUUAUUGGCUUACUACCUCUGUUAUCCUGGAUCUCGUCGGUACGCCUAGCAACUCUAAUAACAACGAAGCCUUCCCUUUCGGUAACAAAGCUACCCCUAUUAUCAACACGCUUGUUAAGUAUGGCUAUCUCGGUGUGUUGCUUCUUCAAUUCAUUUUGGCUCUUGGAAAUCGUCCCAAAGGUUCGAAACACACAUAUAUUAUGUCAUUCAUCUUCUUCGGUAUCGUGCAGCUUUACGUCGUGGUAGACUCCAUGUACUUGGUCGUCCACGCCUUCUCGGGUUCUGCACCUAUGGAUUUCGACACUGAUCACGGAGUUGGAGGCUUUUUGAAGUCUUUCUUCUCGUCUUCUGGUGCGGGUAUCAUUAUCAUUGCCUUGGCUGCCACUUUCGGUCUUUACUUCGUCGCUUCCUUCAUGUACAUGGACCCAUGGCACAUGUUCACUUCGUUCCCCGCCUAUCUCUUGGUCAUGUCCUCUUUCAUCAAUAUCCUCAACGUCUACGCAUUCAGCAAUUGGCACGAUGUUUCUUGGGGUACCAAGGGUUCCGAUAAGGCAGAUGCAUUACCUUCAGUACAAACGCAAAAGGAAGCGGACGGAAAGGGAGCAGUCAUUGAAGAAGUCGACAAGCCCCAGGCUGAUAUUGACAGUCAAUUCGAGGCCACUGUCAAGCGCGCCCUGACACCAUUCGUGGCACCUGUUGAAAAAGAAGAGCGCAGCUUGGAGGACUCUUACAAGAGUUUCCGUACCAAGCUUGUCAGUUUCUGGAUCUUCACCAACGCUCUUUUGUCUGUCUGCAUCACUAGCGAUGGUGUUGACCAGUUUGGAUUUACUAACAAAGCCACUACUCGUACCACACACUUUUUCCAGGCCCUUCUGUGGGCCACUGCAGCCGUUGCACUGGUCCGAUUCAUUGGCGCAUGCUGGUUCCUGGGCCGAACUGGUAUCAUGUGCAUGUGUGCCCGACGAUAAAUAUUCAUGAAACUAUGCAGGGGCUGCUGUAUGCAGCUGGCUGUGGACCAGUGGCUCCAAUUUGGCGCUGUUUGUCCUUCCCAAAAAGAACGCAUUUCUAAUAUCCCUCAGCUUUUCUUCCUACGGUCUUUUGAUCUUUUCCAUUCUGAACAUGUAGUCUAUUGUAGAUUGAUGUCUGUUUGCCUGCCUGUGGCUCAUUUUAUUGCCUUUUUUUUCCUGUGUCUUGAUUUGACUCCCAUGUCCUGUCUGUUUGCUAAAUAUAUUUGAUUUGUUUCUUGUUGCUUUUCGUUUACAUCCAUGAUCGUGAUGAUAUCGAUAUUCAGUUGUAUUCCUUGGCGAGCAAAGUACGUAGGAUAAGAAUAGGAACACAGGAACUAUAUUUGAGAAGCAAUUCAUGAGGAU